CUACCCCUCGCUCUCUCCUCCCACCUUUUGCGCCGCCAGCGCCUCUCCCUGGUGCCGGCCUCCUCUGCACCGGCCGCCGCCCCCUCUGCGCCCCUCCCCAUCUCCAGGAGCGGCGCCCCCUUCCCCUGGCUCGACGCCCGGCCGCCCCCUCUGCACCGGCCGCCGCCCCCUCUGCACCGCCGCCUCCCCCUCUGCACCGGUCGCCUGGUCGUCGCCCCUCCUCCCCAGGGUCACCGCCGAACAGAUCCAGCCGGAUUGAUCUUGCUGGAGGUGCUUCAAGAUGGAAAAAGGAGCGAAGGUUGUGGCGAAAUGGGAUUCAUUUGCUGCCAAAACUUUUAAUGAUAUUUGUGUGGAAGAAGUUCUCGCCUACAAUAGGCCCCAACAUUGUUUGAACAGCACUGGCUAUGCGAAUCUUCUACGUAAGUUUUUUGAACGUACCAAGAGACCUUACAAUGAAGGGCAAAUGAAGAAUAGGUGGGAUGCACUUAAAAGAAGGUAUACCCAAUGGAAGACAUUGAACACGAGAGCUACCGGUUUGGGUAGGGAUCCUAUGACAGGGUGUAUCGUGGCGGAUGACAAAUGGUGGAAAGAUCAAAAUGAUGCUAUGGCCGGUUGUAUAUGCUUUAAGGAUGCACCACUUGAGCAUGAGGAGCAAAUACGGAUUAUGUUUGAAGGUAUUAGUGUUACAAAUGAAACAUCAUUUGUUCCUUCGAAUGAAGAAGGUGGUGGCCAAGAAGAUGAUGGUGGUCAGAAUAACAGUGAGUUAGAGAGGGAAGGGCAGGUCCCUACUCCCCCAGAUGUCACUCCAACUUUAGACAAGAGGCCAGCUCCAUUAUCCCCCAAGGGAAAGAAGAAGAAGACCUUUAGGGAUCAGUGUACGAAGCGUUUAGUGGAAGCAUAUGAGAAGAAAGCUGAAAGUAGCAAUAAUUCAGCCACCUCAAAUGUUGUUGACAGUGUUAGGGAGGAAAUUGGUAACAUGUUGGAUCAAGUGAUCAAGGAUGGGGCUGAAGAAGGCAGUGAUGAACAUUACUAUGCCACACAACUUCUUAUAAAGAAAGAGUACCGUGAUGUGUUCAUUACUUUAAAGACAUCAAAUGGGAGGUUAAAUUGGCUAAGGAGGGCAUGAGAAGAUAGUAAGAAGCACUAGUGUGUUUG